AAUGGAGGUUUUGCAGUAAUGUUUCUGGAAAGACAGAAUAUGAUGAAGUGUUACAGGAUUUCAGGAGCCUGGUAUCAAGUAUCAUGCAGUCUCUGGAGGAGUCUCCAAAGUCAAAAGAGGCAAUGGACAGCAGAGUCCCCUCGGCCCUGGAGCUGCCACAGCUGCUGGCCCGGAGCACAGAGCAAAGCACAAGGGGGCCAGGAGAAGGGAAGUACUUGCUAAGCAGCACAGCUGCCAUCCAGACCCUGGCCAGGGUCAUUCGGUCUUGUUUUGGCCCCUAUGGCCGACAGAAGCUCCUGGUAACUACUAAAGGAGAAACAGUCUGCACAGGGUUUGCCAUUGCCAUUCUCCGGGCCUUAGAACUGGAACAUCCAGCAGCCUGGCUCCUCCGGGAAGCUGCCCAAACGCAAGCAGAGAACAGUGGAGAUGGCACGGCCUUUGUGGUUCUUCUGACGGAAGCCUUGCUUGAGCAGGCAGAACACCUGCUGCGGGCGGGCCUGCCUCGCCCUCUUCUCAGGGAGGCCUACGCAACAGCAACCUCAGAGAUCCUGGCACGACUGCCUUCCUUGGUGAUCCGAUCACUGGGUCCUUUGGAAAAUCCAUUUUGGGCCCUCCAUUCUGUAAUGAAUACCCACUCUCUGUCCCAGACAGACUUCUUGACCAAGUUAGUAGCCCAGGCUUGCUGGGCUACCAGGGAGCUGGAUGGGAAAUUCAAACCUGAGCGUGUCGGGGUGUGCACACUGCGCGGAGCAGCCCUAGAGAACUCGUGCCUACCCCCAGGGUUGGCUGUGUCUGGGAAACCCUGUGGGCAAAUAGUCACAGUGGUAAGCGGGGCCAGUGUGGCUCUGUUUGCUUGUCCCUUUGGACCUGCCAGUCUGAAUGCACCAGCAAGGGCUAGUCUCUCUAGUCCUGAUGAGCUAUCUAAAUUCAGGAAAGGAAACGAACAAUUGAUAGAAAAGCUAGUAGCCCAGCUGUCAGCCAUGGCUAUUAAUGUGGUGGUAGUAUGGGGGGAAAUUGAUGAGAAGACCCUAAUACAUGCUGAUAAUCAUGGCAUCAUGGUUAUUCAAGCAAAUUCCCGGAGGGAGAUAGUUUACCUGAGUGAGGUGUUGGGCACCCCUUUGAUGCCUCACAUGCUUCCUCCACCGGUGCCAGGAAAGUGCCAGAGGGUUUAUGAACAGGAGCUGGGAGAAGCUUUGGCUGUGGUAUUUGAAUGGGAAUGUCCAGACACACCUGCCCUCACCUUGGUCCUCAGGGGGGCCACACCUGAGGGAUUACGAGUUGCAGAGCAGGCUGCCUACCAUGGCAUUGAUGCCUAUUUCCAGCUGUGUCAGGAUCCCAGACUGCUUCCAGGAGCUGGGGCCACAGAGAUGGCUCUGGCCAAAAUACUCACAGAAAAAGGAAGCAAAUUGGAAGGGCCUAAUGGUCCUGCAUUCCUAGCAUUUGCCCAGGCCCUGAGGUCUCUUCCUGAAACCUUGGCAGAGAAUGCAGGCUUAGCCGUCUCAGAUGUAAUGGCAGAAAUGCAUGGAGCUCACCAAGCUGGAAACUUCCUAAUAGGAGUGGGAGAAGAAGGGAUAAUAAAUGUGGCCCAGGAAGAGGUGUGGGACACUCUAAUAGCCAAAGCCCAAGGACUCCGAGUGAUAGCUGAUACAGUGUUACAGCUCGUGACUGUAAAUGAAAUUAUAGUGGCCAGGAAAUAUCCCACACAAAAGCAGGACUUGGAACCUGAUACUAAGAAGAAAAAGAAACUCCCAAUUCCUUUAAGAAAAAAUCUUUGAAAU